AUCACGGAGUAUUAUUCACGUCUCCAUGUCGAAGUCGAGAGCUCGCGGCUCAAACCUGAACGAAAAGCGAUACACGGGCAGUUUAUGACUAGAGCAUAUCUGGCGUAUGGAGCUGCCCAGUAUCAACCACGCUUAGGGACCAAGCACCAUCUUCGGAGCUGCGUAUCUCACAUUACCCAGGCACUACAGAUUAUAGAGAAGAGUAAGGAAUACGAUGACGAGGAGCCUGUGCAUUGGAGCGAGGUGUAUCGAACGAAAUCUCCAGAAGACCAUAGCGACCACACCAACCACACACCGCCUGACGAGUACUGGUUGCUGUUCAAGCUGGAGAGCCUUUGGCCGGUGCUGGACUUGUCGGUGCGUAUUCUUAGACUGGUCAUGCCCGACUGUCAGGAGACUUGGAACGAGUGGGAAGCCACUCUAUACCAGGAUGAAUGGCUACAGCAGUUCAUCCUCGACUCAAGACUGUCAUCGACAAAGGCUCCUCUUGAUGCGCUACGACAAGUUGACAUGGCACAGCCAAGUAUUCCAGGGGGCACUGUAGAUUGAACCGACUGCAAUCGACCAAGACCCCAAGUAGCAAUUUUCUGAGACAUCAGCGUCUUAUAUUGGAUCGAGCAUCGUCCUAGCAGAGCAUUCAAUCAUAGCGUCGGACGACUAUACUGCACAUUACAGCCAAACUAUGGCGACAGAAGAUAGAUUGUGGCCUGGAUCGUCUUGAACGAUCCUGUGAGAAAGCAAUAGGGACGUGCGUGCCAGUCUACCUGGGUGCAUAUAUGUAUUUAAGAGGGCUCUAUUCCGUUAGUUGAUGAAUAUAUGCGUCUAUAUGCCGUGGUGGAUAAGAC